CCAGCAAAGUCCAAUUUCUCAGGAAUAUUAGCAAACCAACCGGACAAGAGCUUCUGAUUCUCCUAUAGCACAGUCGAUCUUAAAAACCUCAUGACUUUUCCUAAUUUUGUAGCAGAAACAAAAAAAUCAAGAGCAUCAUCAUAAAUUACUGAGUCCACACAACAAUCAUGAAACCCAUCUUCUCAAAAUUACAUAAAAGCAAUACCCUCUUUGCCAAUUCAUGGAAACAAUUGAAACCCACUUCAAAUUUCUCAAAGCAGUCAAAACCCAUAUUGGAAACCGCAUUAUAUGAUCCAAUCCCUUGCCAUUUCAUUCGAAGGAGAUGUUUUUCUUCCAAUGAAAUUCCAGACCCACAAAAUGUUACACAAAAGGUUUCAGCUUUUACUUCUCCAAGUGAGAGUACAGCUCCAAUUGAUGCAGGCUCUUCCAUCAGAAAACCUAUUAGUUUGUGGCCAGGAAUGUACCAUUCACCUGUAACUAAUGCUUUAUGGGAAGCAAGAUCAAGCAUUUUUGAAAAACCUGCUGCUGAUUCACCACUUGAUGACAGUUCAGAGAGUGAAUUGGUAACAAAAACGCCUUCAAGGAGUAGGACUGUCAUUCUUUAUAACUUCUCUUCUGAUUUUGUACUCAGAGAGCAGUAUAGGAACCCUUGGAAUGAAAUUAGGAUGGGGAAAUUAGUUGAAGAUCUUGAUGCACUUGCUGGUACCAUUUCCUAUAAGCACUGCUGCAAUGAAGAUGGUAUGACAAGGCCUAUUUUAUUGGUUACUGCUUCUGUUGACAGGAUGGUUCUUAAAAUGCCAAUCCGUGUUGAUGCUGAUCUUAGAAUAGCUGGUGCUGUUACAUGGGUUGGGCGGUCAUCCAUGGAGAUUCAAUUGGAAGUAACUCAAUCAACAGAAGGGACUCCCAAUCCAUCUGACUCACUUGCUCUUAUAGCAAACUUCACAUUUGUGGCUCGUGAUUCAAAGACUGGGAAAUCAGCUCCUGUUAACCGGAUCUCACCGGAAACUGAACAAGAAAAAUUGCUCUGGGAAGAAGCAGAAGAAAGAAACAAAACAAGAAAACAGAAGAGAGCAGAAAGUAAAAUAGAUACUGAGAAUAGGGACAUGGAAAGGCUCAACGCAUUGCUCGCCGAAGGCCGGAUCUUCAGUGACAUGCCGGCAUUGGCAGACAGAGAUAGCAUUCUUAUAAAGGAUACUUGCCAUCAGAACUCUUUGAUCUGUCAACCACAGCAAAGGAACAUUCAUGGUCGAAUUUUUGGUGGAUUUCUAAUGCGCAAAGCAUUUGAGCUGGCCUUUUCAACUGCUUAUGCAUUUGCUGGUGCAGCACCACGCUUUGUUGAAGUUGAUCAUGUUGAUUUCUUAAAACCUGUAGAUGUUGGAAAUUUUCUUCGCUUGAAGUCCUGUGUUCUGUACACAGAGCUUCAGGACCCUGCUAGACCACUGAUUAAUGUGGAAGUCAUAGCUCAUGUUACAAGGCCUGAGCUAAGGUCCAGUGAGGUAUCUAACAAGUUCUACUUCACAUUCACCGUCCGUCCUGAGGCCAUUAAAGAUGGAUUAAGGAUUCGGAAUGUUUUUCCAGCUACAGAAGAAGAAGGGCGCCGAGUGCUUGAACGUAUGGAUGCUGAGAAUUCCCAGAUUGCAAAAUCAUGAAACAGAUUUUGCUAUCAUGUUUUUCUUCUAGAAUUAAUUUAAACUUCCUUGUAUUUAAAUGGUAAAAUCUCCUCGGAAGAAUUAGUGGGCGCAAGAUGUGAUAACAAGAGGCUUUUUUUUUUUUUUAACAUCCAGUAUCCGUGCAUGGAUAUUUCUUAAUUACUUUCGUUUUAAAUAUCCUAACAUGGAUCUUUCUUUUUUC